CUUUUAUUUGAAGUUCUAGGUUAAAGCUGUCACUGUUAAUGUCAACUAAAAAAAAGUUGGUGCCCGUGCCCGCCAAAAUUGUACAGUGCAAUACCAGAAAACUGCUUGUGAAUUAAAAACUUGACAGUUUUUCUUAUAAAAUAAUAUUGGAGGCAACAAAUUACAAAUGAAUAAUAAAAAACCAUGUUACAUUUGGGACGAAAAAUUAAUAGAAGAAUGCGAUCGACUGCCAGCCGUAACCGGAAGGGCUACUAUGAUUCACAAUUUGAUAGAAGCCUACGAUAUCUUGAAACAUGUAACUGUUGUGAAAUCUUCCCUAGCGACGUAUAAUGACUUGAAGGAGUUUCAUUCAGAAUUGUAUCUGGAUCAUCUAAAGAAGUUUACCGACGUUCAGGAUGAUUAUAUGACUACUGCGGAGGACGAAGAAUGUGGCAUUGGAUAUGACUGUCCUCCCGUAUCCAACAUGUAUGGCUUGGUGUCGACCAUAGCAGGUGGUUCCAUUACUGCAGCCAGGUGCUUAAUUCUGGGUAUUACUGAUGUUGCCAUUAACUGGUGUGGAGGCUGGCACCAUGCACAUAGAUUUGGUGCAGAAGGAUUCUGUUAUAUAAAUGACAUUGUGAUAGCUAUUGAAAAAUUAAGAAGAAAGUUCCCUAAAAUAUUAUACAUUGAUCUGGAUGCACACCAUGGCAAUGGAGUACAAGAUGCUUAUAAUUUGAGUAAAUCAGUAUUUACUUUAUCUUUUCACAAGUUUGAGCCCGGGUUUUACCCUGGCACGGGAAGUAUAGAUGAUAUUGGAACACAGGGAGGGAUGGGCUACAGUUGUAACUUUCCUCUGCAUGCGGGAUAUGGUGAUAAUACGCUAGUGUAUGCUUUUGAGAGAGUGUUCAGCUCUGUUUAUACUCAGUUUAUUCCUGAUGCGAUUGUGGUGCAAUGUGGGGCUGAUGCUUGUGGGCAAGACCCCAGUGGUGGUGCAAACCUCACCCAUAAGAGUUAUAGUAAAUGUAUACGCCAAGUGCUUGACAAACGAAAACCCACACUCUUGUUAGGAGGAGGUGGGUACAGGCAUGAUAAUACGGCACGUUUGUGGACAUCCCUCACAGCUUUAGUUGCUGGAGUAAACUUAGACGAGUUGAUACCAGACCAUAGUCAUUGGCUUGAAUAUGGUCCAGAUUAUACCUUACCUUUGGAUGCUACCCUGGUUAAAGACAUGAAUAAAAGUUCAUAUAUAGAAGAAUGUAUUGAAAAAAUCAAUGCCAAUCUAACAAAAUAUUUAUUGAACUAAAUAUGGGACUUCUAGAAAUGUAAUUAACCAUAAUAUGAACAACAGAAGCACAUAAAUAUG